AUGUCUUCAUACGCUACCUCGGUAUCAGCCAUUGUACAAAGUCGAAGGACGGCCCCUGUCUCUCACAACGAGGCGCUAUUGGUGUCUGCUGGUGAAACGCCUAGUCUCCGAAGGCUAGCCUUUGCACAUAAAGAAAUCAGCGUGUUACAAGAUGUUUGUCACCGUAUGAAGCUCAAGCCUGUCGUGCCUGAACCCAUCAGAGAAGAUGUGCUGUCACAUCUACGAAAGUGCAAGAUCUUCCACUUCGUAGGGCACGGAUACACAGAUACAGCUGAUCCUUCCAGAAGCCAGCUGUACCUGAAUGACUGGGAAACAAGCCCCCUUACAGUCGCAAGCCUCCUUGAGCUCAACCUUCAUCGGGAGGGUCCGUUUCUUGCUUAUUUAUCUGCCUGCGGUACAGGGCAGAUCAAAAGCCAAAAGCUCUUUGAUGAAGGUAUCCAUAUUAUCAGCGCAUGUCAACUGGCGGGCUUUCGGCAUGUCAUCGGGACUCUGUGGGAGGUCAAUGAUCAGUCUUGUGUUGAUAUGGCUGCUAUCAUAUACGAGGAAAUUCUCAGGGGAGACAUGUCGGAUGAUUCGGUGUGUCGUGGUGUUCAUGCUGCCACGAAAGCGAAGAGAGAUCAGUGGCUUGAUGAGACCUAUGGCGCUGAGAAGGCCACAACUCCAACAGAGAAUGGGCCAAGAAAGGAGAAGAGGGAAGUUGAUGUCGAAAGAGAUAUCAUCUCUCUUGAUGAAGACGAUGGACAAAGUAUUCCUGGGGCGGGGAAUGGUCUAUUGCACUGGGUUCCAUAUGUGCAUUUUGGUGCAUGA